CGUUACUUCACUGAGGCAGAGGGCUGCCUUUGAGUGACGUCACGAGUUUGAGCAGCAAGCUGCAAGGAGAAGGGAGGCUGGGUGAGUGACAGCCCAGCCUACUUUUUAAUAGCUUUGUCAUGUGACUGGGGACUGUAGUAAGACAGGUGCCUUCAGUUCACUCUCAGUAAGGGGCUGGUUGCCUGCAUGAGUGUGUGCUCUGUGUCACUGUGGAUUGGAGUUGAAAAAGCUUGACUGGCGUCAUUCAGGAGCUGGAUGGCGUGGGACAUGUGCAACCAGGACUCUGUAUGGAGUGACAUCGAGUGUGCCGCUCUGGUUGGUGAAGACCAGCCUCUUUGCCCAGAUCUUCCUGAACUUGACCUUUCUGAACUAGACGUGAACGACUUGGAUACAGACAGCUUUCUGGGUGGACUCAAGUGGUGCAGUGACCAAUCAGAAAUAAUAUCCAAUCAGUACAACAAUGAGCCUUCAAACAUAUUUGAGAAGAUAGAUGAAGAGAACGAGGCAAACUUGCUAGCAGUCCUCACAGAAACACUGGACAGUCUCCCUGUGGAUGAAGACGGAUUGCCCUCAUUUGAUGCACUGACAGAUGGAGAUGUGACCACUGAGAAUGAGGCUAGUCCUUCCUCCAUGCCUGACGGCACCCCACCGCCUCAGGAGGCAGAAGAGCCAUCUCUACUUAAGAAGCUCUUACUGGCACCAGCCAACACUCAGCUAAGUUAUAAUGAAUGCAGUGCUCUCAGUACCCAGAACCAUGCAAACCAUAAUCACAGGAUCAGAACAAACCCUGCAGUUGUUAAGACCGAGAAUUCAUGGAGCAAUAAAGCGAAGAGCAUUUGUCAACAGCAAAAGCCACAAAGACGUCCCUGCUCGGAGCUUCUCAAGUAUCUGACCACAAAUGAUGAUCCUCCUCACACCAAACCCACAGAGAACAGGAACAGUAGCAGAGACAAAUGCACCUCCAAAAAGAAGUCCCACACACAGUCACAGUCUCAACAUUUACAAGCCAAACCAACAACUUUAUCUCUUCCUCUGACCCCAGAGUCACCAAAUGACCCCAAGGGUUCCCCAUUUGAGAACAAGACUAUUGAACGAACCUUAAGUGUGGAACUCUCUGGAACUGCAGGCCUAACUCCACCCACAACUCCUCCUCAUAAAGCCAACCAAGAUAAUCCUUUCAGGACUUCUCCAAAGCUGAAGUCCUCCUGCAAGACUGUGGUACCUCCGCCGUCGAAGAAGCCCCGGAGCAGUGAGCCCUCUGGCGCCCUAGGCAGUAACUCCACCAAGAAAGGGCCCGAGCAGUCUGAGUUGUACGCACAACUCAGCAAGACCUCCGUGCUCACCAGUGGCCACGAGGAAAGGAAGACCAAGCGGCCCAGUCUACGGCUGUUUGGUGACCAUGACUAUUGUCAGUCGAUUAAUUCCAAAACGGAAAUACUCAUUAAUAUAUCACAGGAGCUCCAAGACUCUAGACCACUAGAAUAUAAAGAUGCCUCCUCCGACUGGCAGGGGCAGAUUUGUUCUUCCACAGAUUCAGACCAGUGCUACCUGAGAGAGACUUCGGAGGCGGGCAAGCAGGUCUCUCCUUGCAGCACCAGGAAACAGCUCCAAGACCAGGAAAUCCGAGCUGAGCUGAACAAGCACUUCGGUCAUCCCAGUCAAGCUGUUUUUGACGACGAAGCAGACAAGACCAGUGAACUGAGGGACAGUGAUUUCAGUAAUGAACAAUUCUCCAAACUACCUAUGUUUAUAAAUUCAGGACUAGCCAUGGAUGGCCUAUUUGAUGACAGCGAAGAUGAAAGUGAUAAACUGAACUACCCUUGGGAUGGCACGCAAUCCUAUUCAUUGUUCGAUGUGUCGCCUUCUUGCUCUUCUUUUAACUCUCCAUGUAGAGAUUCCGUGUCACCACCCAAAUCCUUAUUUGCUCAAAGACCCCAAAGGAUGCGCUCUCGUUCAAGGUCCUUUUCUCGACACAGGUCGUGUUCCCGAUCACCAUAUUCCAGGUCAAGAUCAAGGUCCCCAGGCAGCAGAUCGUCUUCCAGAUCUUGCUACUACUAUGAGUCGAGCCACUGCAGACACCGCGUGCACCGAAAUUCUCCUCUGUGCGCAAGAUCACGUUCCAGGUCGCCCUACAGCCGCAGGCCCAGGUAUGACAGCUACGAGGAAUAUCAGCAUGAGAGGCUGAAGAGGGAAGAAUACCGCAGAGAGUAUGAGAAGCGGGAGUCUGAGAGGGCCAAACAAAGGGAGAGGCAGAGGCAGAAGGCAAUUGACGAACGCCGUGUGAUUUAUGUUGGUAAAAUCAGACCUGACACGACACGGACGGAACUGAGGGACCGUUUUGAAGUUUUUGGUGAAAUUGAGGAGUGCACAGUAAAUCUGAGGGAUGAUGGAGACAGCUAUGGUUUCAUUACCUACCGUUAUACCUGUGAUGCUUUUGCUGCUCUUGAAAAUGGAUACACUUUGCGCAGGUCGAAUGAAACUGACUUUGAGCUGUACUUUUGUGGACGCAAGCAAUUUUUGAAGUCUAACUAUGCAGACCUAGAUUCAAACUCAGAUGACUUUGACCCUGCUUCCACCAAGAGCAAGUAUGACUCUUUGGAUUUCGAUAGUUUACUGAAAGAAGCUCAGAGAAGCUUGCGCAGGUAACAUGUUCCCUGGCUGAAGAUGACAGAGGGACGGUGAAUACCUCACGGGACAGCGCGUCCUUCCCUAACUGACUAUUACAAGUCAUACUUAGGAAUUUCUCCUACUUUACACUCUCUGUAUAAAAACAAAACAAAACAAAACAACAAUACAACAAGAACAACAACAAUGGUUUACAUGAACACAGCUGCUGAAGAGGCAAGAGACAGAAUGGAUAUCCAGUAAGCACAUGUUUAUUCAUGGGUGUCAGCUUUGCUUUCCCUGGAGUCUCUUGGUGAUGGAGUGUGUGUGUGCGCGUGUGUGCGCGUGUGUGCGCGUGUGUGUGUGCGUGCGCAUGCGCACGCCUGUUUUGGGGCAAGUAUGUAUGCACAGGUGGGGACUGGGGGCACCUGACCAGAGUGUGCCAGGGCAAACCACUUCAAAUGGCAGCAGUUCCAUGAAGACACACUUAAAACCUAGAACUUCAAAAUGUUCAUAUUCUAUUCAAAAAGAAAAAAAAUGCAUAAAUUCAAAAGGAAAGAAAACCAACCAACCACAAACCACCCUAAAAUGACAGCCACUGAUGUCUGGGCAUCAACCUCUGUACUCUGUUUUUUAAGAAAGUGCAAACUUGACUUGAAGCAAGCUUUCUCUCAUAACAUAAUGGUUAUAUGACAAUCCCGAAGAAACCACAGGUUCUGUAGAACUAAUAUCCUUUCUCUCUCUCUCUCUU